UUCGGUUCUGUCAUCAUUGCUAAAGCACGCUCCGCUUUCACUGGCUCUCACUAGGAUACUCUGCGAGAGAGAGAGAGAGAGCGAGCGAGAGAGAAAAGUCGUUGUUUUGAUGGUGAUGAUGAUGGGCAGCAACAACAGAGACAGAGAAGAGGCUCUCACAUUCAUCACCAACCCAUCUUCUUCUUCUUCUCCAAUCACCGUCUCUGACCAGCUCGACUGGUACCUCACGGACCCCACUUCCCUCAUCGGAAGUGCCUCUGGAAGUUUCCAGAGCGACAGUCUUCUUGGCCUCGGUGAACCCGGAAGCACCAACUUGGACCUAGAGUUCGGCUUCUCCCGACCAGAUUUCAGGCAGAGCCCGCUCGCCGGGACCGUCGAGUUCUAUCAACGGCAUGUCUUUCUUUGUUACAAGAACCCGCGGUUUUGGCCUCCAAGAAUUGAGGCUUCCGAGUUUGAUCGCUUGCCUAGGCUUCUUUAUGCCGCCGUCAUGGCCAGGAAGAGCGAUAUGAAGAAGGAGACCCGUUUAACAAUAUGCGAGGGACAUGACGGGACUGAAACAUCAAAUGGAGAUGUAUUAAUCUUUCCAGACAUGAUCAGAUACAGGAGAUUGACUCAUUUUGAUGUUGAAACAUUUGUUGAAGAAGUGCUUGUAAAGGAUGGAGAAUGGCUUCCUGGAUCUCCUGAACCGUUAAAAGGUUCACACAUUUUUGUGUGUUCACAUGGUUCCCGUGAUCGUAGAUGUGGUGUUUGCGGACCUGUCUUGGUAAAUAAAUUUAGGGAAGAGACUGAAUUACUUGGUCUUCAAGGUAAAGUGUUUGUUAGCCCAUGCUCACACAUUGGGGGGGAUGAGUACGCAGGAAAUGUCAUUAUAUUUGGAUCAAGCAUCAAUGGAGAUGUCAUGGGGCACUGGUAUGGGUAUGUUACUCCCGAUGAUGUGCCUGUUUUGCUUCAACAGCAUAUUAUAAAAGGGGAGAUUUGGGACUCACUGUGGAGGGGUCAGAUGGGUACACAAAAAUCUGAUGCAAAAUCUCAGGGCAACUCUGUGAGCUGCUGCCAGCAAAACGAGAACUUCUCUUCCUGCCGGGACAGUGAGGAAAAGAUUAGUACUUCUGGUGCCAUGGAGGCGGAAGCAAAACUUUCAGCUGACAAUAAUUGCAGCAGCGGCAGCAUCAAGAGACUGGUUUCUCGAAUAAAUGGUGGCAAAGGAGCGUCACGGCGAAAAUCCAUGCCAAUGUGGCUUGAUGGCUGGGAGCCAGAAGAUACGUAUGCUGCUCUUGCUGUUGUCUUUGCCGCUGUGUCUGUAGCAAUUGCCUAUAGCUGCUACAAACAGCUGAAAUAGGAAGAAACAACUGAUUUGCUGUGUUUUUUAGCAUGGUGUGUCAGAUAAUUUCUAUUGUCUCUGUACAUUGUAGUCUAAUGCUAGUGCAGUGCUUGUGUAUAUCCGUUAUACUCAGAAUGAUCACCCUUUCCUUUUCGGGGCAAUUUUUUCCGGGAAAAUCUGAAUGAUGAAGAUAAGAACAUUAAUAGAGUUUGGGUGGAACUAAUCUGUAAUGUCUCUCAUUUUUAGUAUCAAAGUCUAUAGCUUUGGUUUUCCCAGA